GCUGCAGAGCAGAGAAGAUCGUCUUGGAAACCUGAAGAUGAAGUACUUUCUUCUGCCAACUCAUUUAGCAUUUCUCUAUAGCUUUGCACUAAGUAAACCUGUCCAGAUAGCUACAAGAAACAAUGACUUAGGUAGUGAAAUAGCUGUGUAUGAAGGAGACAUCCUCUUGAGAAGAGGACGACGCAGUGCAAUUAACUGUGAGAGUUGUUUAUGGCCUAAGUCACAAGAUGGACUAGUCAAGGUUCCAGUUAACAUCUCUUCUGAUUUCUCCAUAACAGAGAGGUCUUGGAUUGCUGAUGCUCUGCAGGAGAUCUCCACACUGACCUGUGUGCAGUUUGUAAAUCGCACUACAGAAACAGACUACGUGUAUGUUGAACAUGGGCAGAGUUGCUGGUCUUACUUUGGAAAAAUUGGAGGACGUCAAGCAGUAGGCCUGGUGAAAAAUGGUUGCAUGGAUAAAGGAGCAAUUCAGCAUGAAAUGAACCACGCGCUGGGUUUCAUCCACGAACAGGCACGGAGCGAUCGGGACAGAUUUGUCAAGAUUAUGUGGGAACACAUAGUGGCAGGGGAACAAGGGAACUUUGGAAAAAUGAAUUCCAGAAACCUGGGUCUUCCCUAUGACUACUCUUCAGUGAUGCACUAUGGCGCGUACGAUUUCUCCAGCACUCCAGGGAAACCAACUAUUGUACCAGUUCCUGACCCCUCUAUACCCAUUGGGCAGAGAGAAGGGCUGAGUAACUUGGAUGUAGCCAAAAUCAACAAGCUCUACAAGUGCAAUUGCUGUAGUUCUGUGUUGCCUAAAUCCAAAGGCUCAUUCUCCUCUGUCAAUUACCCAUCUCCAUAUCCGAACAACAGCAACUGUCUGUGGUUGAUCCGCGUCCGUCGAAGUAAGGUUUUCCUGCAGUUUGAGGCUUUUGAUCUUCAACCCUCCCCAGACUGUUCUUCUGACUAUAUAAAAAUUUACAAUGGAAACAGCAGGAAUUCCCCUGUCCUGCUGGACAAGUACUGUGGGAAGGAUUCAUUGCCCUCCUUAGUGGCAUCUGGAUCAACAAUGCUGGUAGAGUUUGCAAGUGAUGAGAACAUUACAGCCACAGGAUUCAGAGCCUCCUACAACAGGGUGAAUUGUGGAGCCACUUUCAGAGAUUCAAAUGGAGUUAUCACUUCUCCAAACUACCCUAAUAAAUACCCCAAAAACAGAGCAUGCUUCUGGAUCAUCAGUUCUCCAGUAGGAUACAAGAUAUCUCUCAAAAUGUUAUCCUUUGAGCUGGAAUAUAGUGACAGAUGCAACUAUGACUACUUGCUCAUACAUGAUGGAAGCCAACCUACAUCACCUGCAGUUGGCCCUUACUGUGGGACAGAGAAGGUUGCAGACUUUACUUCCACUGGGAACUUUGUGCUGGUUGAAUUUCACAGUGAUAUAGUUUGGGAGUUGCCCGGAUUUGUGAUGAGUUAUACAUUUGGUAGGUAAGUCCUAUACAGAGGGGGGUUGAAAAACACAGGAUGAAAAUAAGAGUCCAGCUAGCCAAAGGUAAAAGUCAAAAUGCCACCAAUUUCAGAAAAAAAAUAUAGCUCCCUGAUACCUUUCACAAGCUUGAAGCUUGAUCUCUUAGUCUUACAUCUGCAGUGGUGUAAUUUGCAUGGUGAAUCAUGGACAGAAAUGUUCCUGCCCAUGGGAUGCUUCUGUCUGAGAUUGUAGGCUUUUUGUUUUACUAAUCCCAUUGCUGGUGUUGCAUGGCCAAAUACAAUAGCAGAGCUGAAACUAUGUAAACAGAUUUUUAAGAGCUUCUAGUGGUAGAAACUGUGCCCAUAAAAAAAUCCAGAAUAUGGCUAUGUAGCAACUUUAGCCUGUAUUCUGGUAAAUGUUAUUACCCAACUCUAAUUUGCAUUCCAGCAUACAUAACAGAAAAACCUUCAGACACAUACUUAUUUAUGCUUUGAAGCCAAGAUCACUUACACAGUUCCUAUAAGUACCUGAGCUUAGCCUGGAAAUCACCAUUUUACACUGAAGGUGCAAACUAGGAUGUUUGUACAGCAUCUCAGCUUGAAGAAUUGCACUACCCUCUGUGAGAUGAAUGAGGUCAGGGAACAAAUUUAACUAAAGAAACAGUUAAGAGUGGCAGGAACAAGCAGUGAGGGAAAGGAAAUGGAGUGAAGCACCUAUUGUUGCCACUGUGCUGUGGCCUGAGUCAGGUAUUGAAAUUGUCCACGGGGUAUUACCAAAAUACUUUUUAAAAAUGAGGCCUGAAAACUUAAUGCAAAGUGCAUUUAUUGAAUGUUCUCUUUGGAGAACAUUUUAGGUGUGAAGUACCUUGUCUGUACAGAGAAAUCUUCCUCCUCUGAGAAGACAGCUGAAGAGGAGAAAGAAAUCACCACCAUAAACACUAGCACUUUGCCUUGAUUUGAUGUAUUCAGAAUUAAAUGCUAACGCCAA